AACCUGGUCCGCUGGUGCGACUCGUCUCCCUGUAAGAAUGGAGGGAAGUGCUGGCAGACCAGCAAUCACUACCGCUGCGAGUGCCCGAGCGGCUGGACCGGCCUGUACUGCGACGUACCCAACGUCUCUUGCGAGGUGGCUGCGCGACGGCAAGGACUGGACGUGGCCCGCCUGUGCCGAAACUCCGGCCUCUGCGUGGACAGGGGCAACACCCACUUCUGCCAUUGCCAGCCUGGCUAUACGGGCAGCUACUGUGAAGAGCAAGUGGAUGAGUGCUCCCCAAACCCCUGCCAGAACGGGGCGACCUGCACGGACUAUCUAGGCGGCUAUUCCUGCGAGUGCGUGGCUGGCUACCAUGGCAGGAAUUGCUCGGAGGAGAUCAAGGAAUGUCUUUCCCAUCCCUGCCAGAACGGUGGCACUUGCAUUGAUCUGCUCAACACCUACAAGUGCUCUUGUCCACGCGGAACCCAAG